AUGACGUAUAGCGACAGGAUUGGGCAAGGUCUCAACCUAAGUCUGGACUUAUAUAACACUACAACUAGGAUCAACCAUCUACGACAAGAUUUUAGACAGCAUGAACUACGACUGGGUCCACAUUUUAGAUCUCAUUCAGAGCCAUUAGGCAACAAUUCAAUAAAUGCAGCCACACAGGGCCAGCGUCCAUUCACUGCUGAUAAUGAAGUGACUCACAUUUCGGAUAGUGACGAUGAUAUUGAGCUACUACCGUUGAGCACCACUUCCCAAUCGACGUAUCAGACAAAGUUGAACUCGGUCUUGCCUACUUUCACUAUGGAUGAUAAUUACUUUCAUAAUGAUGGUGGAAGUGGAACAAUAGAGUCUCAAUUGAGCAAUGAAAACUUCCAUUGUGUUGAUUUUGCACUGGGGAGUGAUGAGAGGUAUUGUGCCAGUGGUGCGAAUGAGAUUGCUGCAGGAGGUGAUGCAAGAAAGUUGAAUUCUUGCUCGUCGUCAUUGCUGGAUAGUGGCGCUUUUUCAGGAGUUCAAAGGGACGUUGGGAUAAAUUCAGAAUUGGUUGAAGUUUCUGAUGAUAGUGAUGAUGAUGUAAUAUUGAUGGAAUAUGAGCAAAGUGUACCAGAAAACCGUUCAAGCAGUAGCAGUGGCAUAAAUUCCGAAUUGGAGAGGAAUAUUGGGCUUUAUGAGGAUGACACCACGGAAGAGUUAGACAGGGCUCAAAUAUUGAAUGAUGUGACUGAUUGGGGGAUUUUGAGUCCAAUACAUGACCAGGUGUUUGAUCCAAGGGAGAUUGAAGGGUGCUCAACACCGGUGAACAAGACUUUGAUCAAGAGAGAGCACAAGAAUGAUGUGUGUGGUGGGGAACUCGAGCUGGCCUCGAGCACUACUCUUGGGUAUGUAAAACAGGAACUUACCUUUAGAAAGGACAAAGAGGUGAAAGUUGAAUCAAACCAAACAGAGAUGAUCAAGGACGAGAAUUUUGGUCUUAGACUCGACAAGUUUAAACAAGAGUGUUUAACAAAGGGAAUUUUGCUUAAAGGGGUUGGCACCAAGCAAUUAAAGCAGGAGGAAGUGAGACAAGCUUUUGCCGUUUUUAAAAAAGAGGAUGUGAAAGGACCUUCCUGCUUGAAUGAAAAAAGAGAGUUAGAAAAUUCCAAAGAAGAAGACGCAGUUGAGCAGGAGCAACCCAAGGAUGUACCAAGUAACUCACGAGAUGGUACAAAAUCUCCAGGUCAAGAGAACAAACAACCAGUGAUGAAGACACGUGUAAUGAAAAGGAAAAGACUUGCAUCUAAACCACUCUCGGCUAUUAUAAACAUGCCAAAAACAAGAGUGGGUCUAUCAAAAAGAAUCAAGGUUGAUCCUUUACAUAAUAAGAUCAAAAAGAGGAGUUAA